AUGGGAAACACCUGUGGCUGCUGUGGGGCACGAGACAAAGGGCCUGAGAAACGGCCUGAGACAGGGCCUGCGGCCUUGCCUGAGGAUGCCAGUGGUGGAGCUGAAGACUAUGGCUUUGCUCUGGCGAAGAACGACCGGAAGAGGAUGGAAGAUGCGGUAGCUGUCAAUGAGGAUGUAGCUGGCUACAAGCUCUUCGCAGUCUUCGAUGGCCACGGCGGAGAUAAGGCGACAAGGCUGGCUCAGCAGCUGCUGCCCGAGCAGCUACAUCAGCAUUUGCAGCAGGCUGGCUGCAAGAAGAAAGCCGGUACUGAUGCAUUCACGGCCCUUGAUGAUCGCCUCUGCUCGAUGUUGCUUGAGGAGGAGAAGAUGCCGAUGCCCGACACGUCCUCCGGCACGGUCGUCUGUGCGGCCUUAGUGGCGCGCAAGGAGAUCCUCGUGCUAAAUGCGGGCGACUGCAGACUUGUGGCGAGUGAAGGCGGCACCGCAGCGGCAUACACGACGGACCACAGCCCCGAGAAGAACGACCAGGAAAGAAAGCGCUUGGAGACACUGGGGGUUUGUGUGGAUGGCGGUUAUGUGGAUGGACAAAUUCAGGUGUCAAGAGCACUUGGCAACAUUGGCCAGACAGGCAAGAAAGUGCCCGGAAUCAUCUGCACCCCUGACGUCAGCGUUGUGAGUAUCCAAGAUACCACAGAAUUCGUCCUUUUGGCGACCGACGGGGUCUGGGAUGCGAUUCGGGAGCAACUGGCUGUGACCACCGCCCGCAAGGUUCUGAGGGAAACUCGCUCUCCGGAAGCUGCUGCGAAAGCAGUACUUGAAGCUGCUGGCAAAGCUUCCAAGGCAGACAAUUCGGCGGUAAUUGUCUUGUCGUUUAACAUGCCAGAACCCCUUCCGAAACGCGAUUCCGAGCAGCGUCGUUUCCAGUUCUCUUCCAAGAAGGAGUGA